CCACGACUCAUCUGCAGCCAGCGGCUAGCCUCUCUCUCGCUCCCCACUCCGGCCUAAACUAAACUAGCCCACCUUUUUACUUGUCUAGCUAGCUCUUAUUCCCUUGGGACCAUGCUUUUCCGCGCUUCUCGACACCUCGCCCACCUUCUUCUACACCUUCCCAUCCUACCCUCCUCCACCACCCUCGUCGUCUCUUCCCCUCACUUUGCGCGGUUGGAUCGUCUGCCCAUCAUCCAUGUUUGUUUGCUGCUGUUAGGCCGGACCAUACGGAUCGACUCUUCAGUGUUGGGUCGCUUGCAGCUUUACUUAUAAUCUUUGUUGCUUCCCUUUUACUUACAUUGGCGCUGGCAGCCCAGCCCAACUCAACACCCCCCACCUACUUCAGCGCGCCAACAGAACAUUCUUCUGCUGCUGCUGCCUGGACUCUUAUUACUCCAACUACUACGAGGGCUUUCAUUCUUCUCUUUCUCUUUUUCAACCUAAAGACGAAUCACCUACUAUGAAUACUCUUCGUCUAGUAUUCCCAUUCUAAUCCUACUUCUGCUUGUCGCCAAACCAUCGCAUCGCCCAAGCGCCUCAUCGGUGGACACGGAAAGCCCCAAACCCAACCCACAGACAUCGCCAACAAUGCAUCGAGGCUUGGCGGCUCUCGGCUUUUUGGUCGCGCCAGUUGCCCUCGCUUUACAAGUUGCUCCUGGUUCACCUUGCGCUGGCUAUUGUCUCGAAGACCAGGAGCACAACCCUUGGUCUGCCGCCGACUCCAACACAAACUCGAGCGACAUCACCUGCUCAGACGCCUCCUACUCCUCCACCAAAGUAGGAAUCCACUACAAGACAUGUCUCGACUGUUUAAGAACAAGCAGUCGUGGAAACAUGGGCGAGACAGAUGCCAAAUGGUUCGUCUACAAUCUUCGCUACACUCUCGACGUAUGCCUCUUCUCCAAACCCGCAGCCGCAGAUAACACGAAAUCAAUAUCAUGCGCCUCAAAUGACGCGUGCAAGAGGUUAGAAAAGUCGUUGACGUCGGACAACCUCACUGCGGACCAGUCUACCAGCUGGGACUACUGCUUUGCCGACGACGGAAAGUUCAUGGGCAAAGACAGAGCUACCUGUGCUCAAUGCCUGCGACAAUCCGACGAUCAAAAGUAUUUAGCCAACUUCCUCGUCGGUCUCGAGGCUGGCUGCCGACAAACGCCCGAAAAGGGAACUGCCAUGGGCCUGAAUAGUACCCUCUUCACUACAGACCCUGUAGCUAUAGUUGAUCCUGAAUCUCUUGGCUACCAUGCUAAUGGUCCAUCACUGCCGGUCCCAGCAAUCGCUGGCAUUGCAGUGGGUGUUUUUGUCCUCAUCCUGAUCGCCAUCGGGCUCUUCAUCACCUACUUCCAGAAGGAAAAGAAGAGACCAAGAUGGGAGGAUGAAUGGUACUAUGGCCAAGCAGAUGUCCCUCGCGUGCCUGCGGUAUCUCCUCUGAGGAAGCGCCGCUCCCAUGUUGCGUAUCCCCUUGAAAAGGCCGCACCUCCUGGCUCCAAUGGCAAUUAUUAUGAUACCAUGGAGAGCAGACUGCGAUCAGAAGACAAGGCCGCCGAGUUGUUUGAGAUUACAAACCUCUCCUCCAAGCGGACAAGCAGCAAUGUCACUUCCGAGGUAGCGCUGCCAGCUCAUCCCGCGUACAACCCUUACACGGCGUCUUCACGCAAUACAGCCAAGGCCCGCGACAUCUCGUCCCCAGAUAUGUCUCUGCAGCGACCUAUUCGCAGUAACACGCCGGACUCCUUUGCGGAACAGGCGUACAUGGCCGCAGCAGAAGACUCAGCUCGCCUAGCCAUCUCCAAGAAGUCACCAACCUCAUCUCAUCACCCAUCCCAAGCCUCUCACUCCCCAACCUCCGUCCGCCGCACCUCUGGCUUCCUCUCCAUCCUCCCAAAGUCCCUCUCUCCCAAGUUCUCCCGCACCACGCAAGACGACGGCCCUGGCCUCGUUGCCAAGUCUCCUCAGGGAGAUCCUCAAAUCUCGGGGCCCAUGCUUCACUUGGGCAAUACCCGUCGUUUUGAAGAAACCCCCCAGCACGGCCCUGUCACUGGCCCAGUAGUCUAUGCUAUGCACGCUCCUCCCCGCCCUCCUUCUGACUACGAGGCCGAGUACCGUGAGGUGCCUCUCAAGAGCGGCAAGAAUGAUUUAUACGGCAUCUAAGUUGCAUCUUGUCACAUAUGCAUGUGUAUCAACAAAGCACAUUGCUUGAAAGCCAUCGACUGCCCAGAUGGCUCAGUUUCUGUUUAUACCUUUUUUGAUACGGUUCUUUUGUUUUAUUCUUCUUGUGGUGCUUGGGAAUCACGGCGUUUUAUGCGAGGUGCAUUCGGAGGAUCUAGAGCUUUUUUUGGAAAGAUUUUUAACAUAUCUUAUUCAAUAUAACAUUGAUAUAUUCAUUCCUAUUCUUACGAUGCACCUCCCUAAUAUUACAUUGGACUGUCGUGGCUGCAAUCUACGAGCCAAGGCGGCGACCAGCUCCUCUGGUUCUCCAAGAAUCAGGGAGAGGACCGACAUUGGCACCAGAAGUGGUGGCAGACGAGUCACUGUCGGCUCUAGGGCUAAACAUGGUACCCCAGGAUCGGUUGUUCAUGCGACCAUUGCCGUCGAACCACUGGACGAUGGAUUCAAUGAUGGGUGGCGUGGGAAUAGGGUUGAAGCCGCCGCCAGCACGAGGCCAGACCUUGGUCAGGAACUCAUACAAAUGGCCGGCAAGCAGGCCAUAUAGAUCAAAAAAUAGGCCAUUCAUAUCGUUAUAGAACAAGUUCAUGGCAAUCAUGCCAUAGGGCAUCAAGGGAGCCGGAACUUCAAAGAUAACAAAGUGGCCCUUCAUGCCCUGCUGCUGCUGGGUGACGGUGUAGCACAAGGCAACAGUGAGGGGUUUAAUAUAUCGAUAUUCGAACGCCAAGGCAAGGAAAUAGUCUAGGGCCUGAAGCAGGAAUGUUAGCUUCGGUUUUAUACACACAAUUGGGAUAUGCUAAAUAUAUCACGCGAGGGGCAAGGUUGAAGAAAUGUAGGGAGCAAAUAAAACCACCCGAGUGAAUAAAGGAUCACACGAGCCAUCCAUAAAGACAUCCCACCAUGCCCGUACCGCAAGCCAGCCCUAAUGCGAAUGUGUGGGCCGACUCGAAGCACGGGGGUGAUCUUCCUCAUUUCCAGGAACCGUGACAGCUGUAGAGGCAAAGCGCUGUCCGGGCAGAUAUUAUGAGGUGUUGUUGGUGUUGAACAUGCACGGGAUAAUGACACACGAAAAAGGAAAAAGCAUGGUACAAGAGGACCUACCAGGAUAGUUGCCCCCACGAACAUGAGAUACCAAAUGACAUCGGCUCGGCGGGGCAGGCGAGGGUGACCUGUUUCCAGGGCCCGAAGCCAGACGUAAAGGAAAUACGUGUCAAAGAUGAGCGGCAGCCCUUUGCUCGCCCAGAGGAAGCCUGUAACCAGGCGCCAUAUCUGAGGCGGGAAGCUGAAGACAUAGGGUGUAUAGUACACAAAGUAGCCGAGGUCGAUGAAGCCGAUCCACGCUCCAAGCGACACGACGACGGUCCAAGUCACUGCGAACCUGUAGACAAAUGACGGUUAGUAGAUGCAAUAGGCAGAAGAAGAGUAGAGAAGAAAACAUACCGAGUGAUGGGCGGGAUCCGCCAGUAGCCAUCAACUGAGAGCUGAACCAUGAUUUACGAAAAGAAAAGAAAAAAGAGAGAAAAUCCCCAAUUGCUCAGGUCAGUCACCCCUUUUUGUGCCUCUAAAAAAUGAAAAAGAACGAGUCGUGAUUCCAGACUUCUUUUAUCGAUUUUUGAUGCUAGGGAAUGAGUGAUUGAGCGAACCAGGCAGCAGAAGGCGGCGCGUUUCAGAGCUUUGUAGGUAAAGCUAUCGUGUCAUCUUCGCUGGUGGUUGGUCGAAAGGAAAAGAAAGAAAUUUCUCAG